CGUCCGGCCGGGGCCGAGCCGGGGGUGGGGGCUCAGAGCCGAGGCGCCACCCCGGCGGUGGGCCAGCGUCCGUGUGGUCCGGGGCAUGUCCUCGUGAGGGCACCGCUGCCGCCGCCCCCGGCCCGGAAGCGCCGCGCACCAUGGGCUCUAUCUUGAGCCGCCGCAUCGCGGGGGUGGAGGACAUCGACAUCCAGGCGAACUCGGCCUACCGCUACCCCCCGAAGUCUGGAAACUACUUUGCUUCGCACUUUUUCAUGGGAGGCGAGAAAUUUGACACCCCCCAUCCUGAAGGUUACCUCUUUGGCGAGAACAUGGAUCUGAACUUCUUGGGCAGCCGCCCGGUCCAGUUUCCCUAUGUCACUCCCGCCCCCCACGAGCCGGUGAAGACACUGAGGAGCCUGGUGAACAUCCGCAAAGACUCCCUCCGGCUUGUGAGGUACAAGGAUGAUGCUGACAGCCCCACCGAGGACAGUGAGAGGCCCCGGGUGCUCUACAGCCUGGAGUUCACCUUCGACGCCGAUGCCCGAGUGGCCAUCACCGUCUACUGCCAGGCGGUGGAGGAGUUCCUGAACGGCAGGGCCGUGUACAGCCCCAGGAGCCCUCUGCUGCAGUCCGAGACCGUGCACUACAAGAGAGGAGUGAGCCAGCAGUUCUCCCUGCCCUCCUUCAAGAUCGACUUCUCGGAGUGGAAGGACGACGAGCUGAACUUUGACCUGGACCGGGGCGUGUUUCCAGUGGUCAUCCAGGCCGUGGUGGACGAGGGAGACGUUGUGGAAGUGACUGGCCACGCCCACGUGCUCUUGGCCGCCUUUGAAAAGCAUGUGGACGGCAGCUUCUCUGUGAAGCCAUUGAAGCAGAAGCAAAUCGUGGACCGGGUCAGCUACCUCCUGCAGGAGAUCUACGGCAUCGAGAACAAGAACAACCAGGAGACCAAGCCCUCGGAUGACGAGAACAGUGACAACAGCAAUGAGUGUGUGGUGUGCCUGUCCGACCUGCGGGACACGCUGAUCCUGCCCUGCCGCCACCUGUGCCUCUGCACCUCGUGCGCGGACACGCUGCGCUACCAGGCCAACAACUGCCCCAUCUGCCGGCUGCCUUUCCGGGCCCUCCUGCAGAUCCGGGCCGUGCGGAAGAAGCCGGGAGCGCUGUCCCCUGUGUCCUUCAGCCCCGUGCUGGCGCAGAGCCUGGACCAUGAGGAGCACUCCUGUCCCUUUAAAAAAUCAAAGUCGCACCCUGCCUCCCUGGCCAGCAAGAAACCUAAAAGGGAAACAAGCUCCGACAGCAUCCCGCCGGGCUACGAGCCCAUCUCCCUGCUCGAGGCGCUCAACGGCCUUCGGGCCAUCUCCCCGGCCAUCCCCUCUGCCCCUCUUUAUGAAGAGAUCACCUACUCGGGCGUGUCGGAUGGCCUGUCCCAGGCCAGCUGUCCCCUGGCUGGGAUGGAGCGGCUCGCGGAAAGCAGCCACCAGAAGGGCAAGCUGCGGAGCAAGUCUCCCGACAGUACCCUGCGGUCCCCAUCGUCCCCCAUCCAUGAAGAGGACGAGGAGAAGCUCUCGGAGGACUUGGACGCUCCUCCCCCACUGAGCAGCAUGGGGCUGGCGCCGCGGGAGAGCAGCUCCCCCGAGAGUUUCGUAACAGAAGAGGUGGACGAGGUGUCGUCACUGAAGCAAGGGAGCCGAGUGCCGUCCAUCGAGAACGUCCUGCAGGACAGCAGCCCUGAGCACUGCAGCCACGGCCAGCCAGGCCCACCUGCUGACAUCUACCUGCCAGGAUGGUCCACCUCCAUGGAGACGCCCCGCGGCCUCAGCGGCACCGGCCCCCCCUGGCCUCCACUUGGUGGGCCCAGUGCCGAUCCUGGCGCCACCGACUUGACCCCACUCUGAGCGCCUGGUGAGGCUGGCAGCGUGGAGCCUUCAGCUCCCCAGACUUUGCCAAGGGGCUGCCCCGGCCCCCAGUGUGACCCGGCCUCUCCUGUCUGCACACCCCGUGGCCACCAGGCUCCAAGGGGCCACGACGACCCUUGAUCAAAGAGCACAGCGGACUGUCCCCUCCAGACUCCUUUUUUCUACGGUUGAUAUAUUUGUAAAUGGUACAAAAUGAAGGACAGCAGCUUUCUAGCUGGGCACUGGGCCUGGGGUCCCCAGUCCCGUGGGCUGAGCCCAGGGCUGGCACUGACUGCCCACGUGCAGCCUGGAGCAGUGGUGCCUGAGGACUCGGGGAACCUGCGGAAGAGAAUUGGUUGGUGGGUGAAGUGCUGUCUUCACAAACGUCGGUGGUGGCAGGGAGCCAAGUUGUAGUCAAUGAAGGAAACGGUGCCUGUCUGCCCACGCUGUGUGUCGCCGCGGCGGCCUGUUUGUGGCUGUUGCUUUCUGACCUUUGCUGUUCGUGGCCCUGGUGGCUCUGCCAGGCUCACCCUGAGGCCCAGACCCCUGCUCUGAGCCGCCACCCACCGCCCUGCCCACAGCCCUUCCCUGGGCACCACGGCAUCUGCACGCGCGGCCGGGCAGGGCCCAGCCCAGGGUAGAGGUGCAGCUGUUCGCUGCGGUUGGUGUCCGGUGGCCUCUGGCCCGGCCCUGGGCCUGCUCAUGGGUGCUGGGUUUGGUCCGUCGUCCGGCCCUUCCAGGUGGAGGGGCUUGUGCUCAGCCAGCGGCCACCUGCCCGGGGACUUGGUAGCUUCCUCAGCUCCCCCUUAAACGUCCUUCUGCCUUUCUCUUUGAUUUGUUCUGUCUGGGACUCUGGUGGCAGGACCAGCCUGGGGGAGGAGUGGCCUGGUGAUACGUUUGGCCUCUGAGGGACCUCGUCCUUUUUGUAGGAUAAAUCUCCUGGCAAUAUGAAGGCAAGGGGGUGCCCGGGCCUGGUGCCCCUGCGCCAGAGCUGCCCCAGCAGGGCGCUGAGCCAGCUGGUGUGUGCAGCUCCCCUGGCCCGGGAGGGCAGAGGGGCCCAGUGCCCGGAGCCACAGCUGAGCCUGGGGGAAGGAUGGCUUCUGUAGGACAGCCCGCAGCAGUCCACUGGGUGGGCUCUGCACGCCCUGACCUGGCCUAAGGCUCAGGGUUGCUCCGAGCAGCGGCUCUGCCCAGUGGGGUGCGCGGGAGAGAAACCCACAGUGGGCGGCCGGGCCUCACUCGGGCCUGAGUGGAGUGCGCUCUUCACCCCCGGCUCCCUGUGCACCCAGGCCAGCCCACCUCCCGCCCGCCCGCUGUGUGUGUGUGUGCGCACGUGCCCACACAUGCAAACGUGUGCACACACAGGCUGGCCCUCUCCCUCCCCCACCCCAGCAAGGCGUGGCCUCGCUCAGUGCUGGUGCCAGAGCUCUGUGUGGGUGGGCUGCAGACGGCCUGUCUGGGAGUUCCACGUGCUGUCAUCUGGUGUGCUCGGAUGGGCCCGUUUGUUCGUUUUUACUGUAUAUUUAUAGUAAUAAAAUCAUGCAGCAAUA